AUGGCGGCGCUUGAGGCCUUUGCCUUCAAGAUCGUCGGGCACGCCAUCCGUGGUUCCGAAAUCGAAGAACGGGAAAAAUUUCGCAUAAAAUCGAACAGCGACUCGAAAGAAGGUUACAGCGGCGACGUAACGAGACUAGUUGAUCAGCAGCAAGCGGUGCUGUUCCAGAUUAAGCCCGUUAACGACGACAAGGCUCCGUCUCCGAACGCAGACGUCACGAAGCCUCCACAGAAACCAGAAACAGGUGAUGAGACGUCGUCUGCUGAUGGAAAAGGAUCUGCAGAAGUCGUAGCGCCGCAGACCCUGAAACUUGAUUCCGACUUCUUUGAAAGAGGCGAAGAGGCUGACACUGACAAGAAGGGAGGAAGCAGCGACAUCUUCCGGAACAUCCUUAGUGACACAGUUGGCAGGAUUCUGUCUGGUUGAUGAGCAAUAAAA